GGGCUCGCUCCCCGGCCCCCGGGUACCCUGCAGCGCUCCAGUCUGGGCCAAGCGGGGAAGGAGGCGGCCGGCCGGAGCUACCGUGUCAGGCAAACAAGCAGCGCCCGGGCUCGGGAUUGCCCGGGACCUUCUGGAGCCCCCACCUCGGAGCCCGAGGGAGGAGAGAGCGGCCGCCGCUGGAGCACCUGAUCAACUUUCUAGCAGGAGAACGAUCAUGGAGGUGGUGCCAGCUGAGGUGAAUAGUUUGCUUCCAGAGGAGAUAAUGGACACUGGUAUAACUUUAGUGGAUGAUGAUAGUAUUGAGGCUGUUAUUGUUUCAUCCCCAAUUCCCAUGGAGACAGAACUGGAAGAAAUUGUCAACAUAAAUUCUACUGGCGACUCUACAGCCACGCCCAUUUCCACGGAACCAAUCACAGUGUACAGUAACCACACUAACCAAGUUGCAGUGAAUACCACAAUUACUAAAGCAGAUUCUAAUACCACAGUGAAACCAGCUUUUCCAAGUGGCCUUCAAAAACUUGGUGCUCAGACUCCUGUGACUAUAUCAGCCAAUCAGAUUAUUUUAAACAAAGUAUCACAGACAUCUGAUCUUAAACUUGGCAAUCAGACCCUUAAACCAGAUGGACAGAAGUUAAUUUUAACAACUUUGGGCAAGUCUGGUUCACCAAUUGUUUUAGCACUACCCCAUAGCCAACUACCCCAGGCUCAGAAAGUUACAACUCAGGCCCAGUCAGGAGAUGCUAAGUUACCACCGCAGCAAAUUAAAGUAGUUACCAUUGGAGGGAGGCCAGAGGUGAAACCUGUCAUUGGUGUCUCAGCACUGACCCCAGGAAGUCAACUGAUUAAUACUACAACUCAGCCCUCUGUGUUACAGACCCAACAGUUAAAAACAGUGCAGAUUGCUAAGAAGCCUCGAACACCAACCUCUGGUCCAGUAAUCACGAAGCUGAUCUUUGCAAAACCAAUUAAUAGUAAAGCAGUUACAGGACAGACAACUCAAGUAUCACCACCAGUCAUUGCAGGUAGGGUUCUUUCACAGUCUACUCCUGGGACUCCAUCAAAGACCAUAACAAUAUCUGAAAGUGGUGUUAUUGGAUCAACUUUAAAUUCUACAACACAGACACCAAAUAAAAUAGCCAUCUCACCUUUGAAAUCGCCAAAUAAGGCGGUGAAGUCGGCUGUGCAGACCAUCACUGUUGGAGGAGUGAGCACCUCUCAGUUUAAGACGAUUAUUCCUCUGGCAACUGCUCCCAAUGUCCAGCAGAUUCAAGUGCCUGGAAGCAAGUUUCAUUAUGUGCGCCUGGUUACUGCCACAACAGCCAGUAGCUCCACACAGCCAGCCAGUCAGAAUCCCAGUACAAAUACGCAGCCGCUUCAGCAAGCAAAGCCAGUGGUUGUUAAUACUACCCCAGUGCGGAUGUCAGUUCCAAUUGUUCCAGCUCAGACUGUCAAACAAGUCGUCCCCAAGCCAAUCAAUCCAAGUUCACAAAUAGUGACUACUAGCCAGCCCCAGCAGCGGUUAAUCAUGCCUGCCACACCACUGCCACAGAUCCAACCCAACCUCACCAACCUGCCACCAGGCACUGUGCUGGCACCAGCUCCAGGAACAGGGAACGUGGGCUACGCAGUGCUUCCAGCUCAGUACGUUACUCAGCUCCAGCAGUCUUCCUAUGUGUCUAUAGCAAGCAACUCGAACUUCACUGGCACAUCUGGUGUCCAGACCCAGGCAAGGCUCCCGUUCAACGGCAUAAUCCCAUCAGAGUCUGCAAGUCGGCCCAGAAAACCCUGUAAUUGUACAAAAUCCCUGUGCUUGAAAUUAUAUUGUGAUUGCUUUGCAAAUGGUGAAUUUUGCAACAACUGCAAUUGUACUAAUUGUUAUAAUAAUUUGGAACAUGAAAAUGAAAGACAAAAAGCAAUAAAGGCAUGCCUGGACAGAAAUCCAGAAGCCUUCAAGCCUAAGAUCGGGAAAGGAAAGGAGGGAGAAUCAGAUCGACGUCAUAGCAAAGGAUGUAAUUGCAAGCGAUCGGGAUGUCUUAAAAACUACUGUGAAUGCUAUGAGGCAAAAAUAAUGUGUUCCUCAAUAUGCAAAUGCAUUGGCUGUAAGAAUUUUGAAGAAAGCCCGGAAAGAAAGACACUGAUGCACUUGGCGGAUGCGGCUGAAGUCCGGGUGCAGCAGCAAACGGCCGCGAAGACCAAGUUGUCCUCCCAGAUUUCGGACUUGCUCACUAGGCCAGCACCGACUUUGAACAGUGGAGGAGGGAAGUUGCCGUUUACAUUUGUAACUAAGGAAGUAGCUGAGGCCACGUGUAAUUGCCUGCUCGCCCAGGCCGAGCAGGCAGACAAGAAGGGAAAAUCGAAGGCCGCAGCGGAGCGGAUGAUACUUGAGGAAUUCGGACGGUGCUUGAUGAGCGUCAUCAACUCUGCAGGAAAAGCAAAAAGUGACCCUUGUGCCAUGAACUGCUAACUCCCGCACGGGACUGCACAGCACACUGAGGGUGCAGGGACACUUGAUUCUCUGGAAGACAGUUUAGCAAUUACUGUAUUUUAAUUCAGUCCUUGUUUUAAGAGACCUGAACUUAUAAUAUUGAAAGAGAGGAAAUUUUAAAUGAGGAAAUGAGUACAUUUUAAAUCUUAGUUAAAUCUGCUUAUGUCCCUUCUAAAUUGAAUUUUUCUUUGUUGUAUUAUAGAGUUUUAACUUGCUGGGGUUUCCUAAGAAUUAGAUGUUCUAUCCUUCUGAUUCUAUUGACAAAGAACAUUUAUAAAUUACUAUAAUAUAAUUUAUAAUAUAUGGCGUUGUAUGACUUUGUUCAGUAGAAAAAGCCAAAGCAGCAUUGGCAUUACCCAGUCAUUCUUUGGUACUACACCCACAGCGUAGACAGAUAGACUGUCCACGUAAAUUCUUAUGCAGCGUAUCCUGAUGACAUGCUGUGUUGAGAAACGCACUAUUGUUUUAAGAAAAAUCAGCUUUUAGGGCAGAUUCUCAAAUAAUAUCUUGUCACUUUGAGACUCUCAGAAGGGGAAGCAGUCCCCAGGCACACUUUUAAAAUAAAGGUUAUUUUUUUUAAAUAUAUAAAACAUUAAGGAACAGUAAAUAAUUCUCAGAGAAUGGGCAUUGUGUUUCUAGAUAAAUACUGUAGGAUGUCUCCAUUUUCUUUCAAAGAGGUGGUAUAUUUUUGAAAUGAUAAUAAAUUGUCUGAGUGAUUACUGGGUACUAUUAAAAUGAAAGGUGCUUGUUAAUGUAAGUAGACAGAUUCUUAUUACAUAGUAUAACAGAACCUCACAUCAUUAUCAAGUAUAGAAUUUGGCUCAGAGGGAGAAAUAAAGAAUAUUGAAUCUGUAAGAGAUGAAUUUAGGGAAGAAUUUCUCGCCUACACAGACCUCUUUGUAGACAAGUUCAGCGGUUUCAAACCCCUGCCUGACUCGUAGCUGACUUCCCCAAGUGGCCUCCUAAUAAAGCUUUCAAGAUUGUAGGGAAAUUCCCUCUGGAAGGAAGUUUAGUUAUGGCAUCAUUGUUAACCAGUGGUUCAGUAAGCUGAAGGCGUGUUUUCAUAGAAUCACCAGUAUAACCUAAAUCAGUUUCAGAAAUUCAAAAACUAUGAAUUGAGGAGCCUGUUGUAAUGGGACUCUUGAUUUUAUUACAAGAAAACAGAUGUUGGAAUUCAGGCAUUUCCUUCGGUACCUUACUCCUCAGUAACUGUUAGUGUGUGAUUAUGACACUUCUACAAGGACUCUACAGGUGGAUGUAUUGUGUAUAUAUGUUCCUGUGAACAUGCAAGAUAUAGGCCGUAGACAUAAGUAAUCCAAAAGAGGACUCCGUUAAUUCAUUAAAAUAUCUUCCUUUUGAAAUUUGGAUUUAUAAGAUUAUAGUGCAGUAACUCUAAGUGUAGAUAGUGCAAACAUUCUUAGCACCUCACUCUAGUCUGUUUAAUUAAAAUUUGUAUAAAUGUAAAUUAGUGUAAGAGAAUAAAGUAAUAUCUAAUCAAGUUAUUUUUCAAAAGAUUGCAAUAAGUUUUUGGUCUAAACUUAAACUUUGUUCAUUUUGUACAUACUCUGUGUUAAUUCUAAUUGCCCUGUUGUGAUGUGUAUUUAUAUACAGUGUGCAGAAAGUGUUUGUGGAAUUUCAAUUCCAGUUGUAGAUUAUGUAUGAUGGCAUUGCUUGAGAAUGUUUUGCUUGUAAAAAUUUGAAGGUGCAAUCAAAUGCUACUAGUUUUUCUGAUUUUCAAGAAGAAGCUAUCUUAAGUAUUAAGCCUUUUUUCCUUCCUGGGUAGUACUUACUAAAUGACUUUUUGUAUUUAGGCAUUUGCAUCAAAUUGCUGAACAAGAUUAAUAGCCACAUUAACUCAACAAUUUUAAAAGACUUUUUGGGGAGGGUUGGGUAUAUAAUUUUUUAGCUCUAUUUACACCCCAAAGUAGAAAAAUUAAAUUUAUAUUUACUAGAGCUAUUCAAAGAAUACACUUUUCUAUAUUGUAAAAAACAGGACAGUGAAGAAAAAUCAUACAGAAAAAUAAACAUUUAUAC